GGCCACAACUUCACGGCAAUGUUCCAAUUUCACUGAGAACGAGAGGGAAGGGGAGGGACGAGAUGGGAAACAGGCGGUUCGCAUUGGUGGCGACAAGCGACGACGAGGACGAUGCGCCGCCGCCGUUGAGGGACAAGGAGGAGGAGCAGCAGCAGCAGCCGACGAGUCAGAGGAAGAGGAAGAAAAUGAAGCUUCCUGAUGAAGAGGAGCGGGAAGAGGAAGAAGAAGGGGAAGAGAGAGCCAAAAGGAGGAACAGGACAAGAGAAGAAGAGCAGUCUAGAAAUGGCGGCGGCGGCGAGGACGAGGAGGCGCAGGAGGAUGCCAAGCCUGUUGGCGAAGUCCGUAAGAUUUCCGGCAAGCGCAAGACGAGAUUGACGCAUUACAGUGCCUUUGAGUACGACGGAGUUCGGUAUGAGUUGGAGGAUUCCGUGCUUUUAGUUCCUGAGGCACCAAAUCAAAAACCAUAUGUGGCAAUAAUUAAGGGUCAGAUUCUUUCAUUUCCAUGUUUGAUGAAGGAAUACUUGUAUUGCUUUCAGGAUAUAACUCAGAACAUAGAGGGGAACAUGAUGGUAACUGGACAGUGGUUUUAUCGUCCUGAGGAGGCUCAAAAAAGAGGAGGUGGAAAUUGGCAAUCUCGUGAUACCAGGGAAUUGUUCUAUAGUUUCCACCACGAUGAUGUUCCUGCAGAAUCUGUGAUGCACAAGUGCGUAGUGCACUUUAUCCCUCUAAACAAGCAGAUUCCAAAUCGCAAACAGCAUCCUGGUUUUAUUGUGCAGAAGGUGUAUGACACUGAACAAAGGAGAUUGUUUAAGCUAACUGAUAAGGACUAUGAAGAUACCAAACAGGGUGAACUUGAUGAGCUUGUUCAGAAAACUUUAGCACGGCUUGGUGAUAUCCCUGACAUUGAGACAGAAGAUAACCAUACUGAUCAGGAAGAUCAGGUGAAGAAUAAGAGAUUGCUUCGGAGGAAAAACAUGUCACCUCUUGACGUCUCUAGGGACGAUGAGGUGAUGACAAAGUCGGGUCAACCCCUAAAAGCUGAAACACCUGGGAGUGUUACAAGUAAUACUUCCGAAUACUACACAAUUCUCUCUAACUUUAAGGCCCUAACAGGUGAAACGCAGCGCGACAAAUGGUUAGAAAGGCUUCUUCAAGGAAUUCAAUUCAUAUGCACUCCCAUGGACAGGGGGCAGAGUGAUGCUAAAGAGGACUUACAUAACAGUAGCUCAAAAGGUGCAAAUGGAGCUCAAGAGAAAAGUGGUGACACUACUUUUGUCUGGCCUGAUUCUGCUGUUCCUGCUGUAACUGCUCUUGAGAAAGCCUCACAUGAUGCCCUUUCUACAGAUUUUCAGAAGUAUAACCAAAAGAUGAGGCAGUUGGUAUUCAAUCUUAAGAAUAAUGCAUUACUGGCGAGACGUCUAUUGAAUGGAGAGUUGGAGCCUUCCAAAAUUAUGAACAUGUCUCCAACUGAGUUAAAGGAGGGUUUAACAGCAGAGGAGAUAGCAAGCAAGGAGCCUGAAGAGUCUAAGCGCAUGCAGAUGACUGAUGCUCGCUGCAAAAGAUGCACAGAGAAAAAAGUGGGUGUAACAGACAUCAUCCAAGCUGGACAUGGAGAUCGAUAUCAGUUGGAGUGUAUUGCUUGCGGGAAUACAUGGUAUGCCUCUAGAGAUGACGCGUCUACACUGACAAUAGAUGAGCCGAGCUCUGCAAAAAGUGUAGGCACCGCACCAUUGGCCACCGCUAAGUUUGAAGACGUCGAGAAGAAGUUGGUGAGUCCGAGAGAACCCGAAAGGGCAGCAGCAGCAGCCAAUGCCUUCAAAAAGACAACCGAAGCGUACAUGCCAGUCUUGGAUUCCCUUAAAUCACUCAACAAGUCCCGUACCGAUGACAAUUCGGCAGCAACCAAGGAUGCAGAGUAGUUUAUCGAUCUUGUUUGGAUUUUCUUGUGAAUAUACCGGUAGUUGUACAGCUACAAAUCUAGCUAAGGGUAACAUGUCUUGACCAUCCAACUUUGGAUUGGGAGAAAUACAGUGGGAGCUGGCGGUCCUGUGAUAUACAUAGAAUAUAUAUACCUACCUACCUUGUGGUGUUUUAUCA